CAUGCGACGCGAACAAACCUUUGUUGCAUAUCCUAAUAUCGCGCGUGAUUGGGUGAUUUUUGGUAUGUUUAGAUGGACGCGUUUUAAUUUUUCCCUACCUCGCCAAGUUCUAUUUUUUCGUUGUCGGAUCAACCGUCUUUGAGAACAUUCGUCGUCUAUGGUUGUGCGCCGCGAAUGCUCGUAAAAUUUACCCGCGUGCCGGUUGUACAAGUUACCUGCUCGGCAAGUGCAUUAACGGAAAUUGUGCGUUUUGUCUGGUUUUCCUUGGAUUAGAGGAAUUGACAACGUCGUUUAAGAGGAACGUCGGUAUUUUUCAGCGUCAGUAAGAUGGCCGAUGUUUCGGAGGAAGUGCCGAUCAAAGAUGCUGCGACGGCAAUUUCUCAAGGCAAACGACAUCUCUUGGUGCGCGAUUACAACUUGGCGGUAGUUGUUCUCGCCCAGGCUUGCGAACUUCUUGCUCAAGAGCAUGGCGAGACCGGCGAUGAAAUGGGCGAACUUUAUCUACUUUACGGACGAGCUCUUCUGGAACUUGCGCGCGAAGAAGCGGGAGUAUUGGGAGGCGGUGUACCCGGUGAAUCCGAGGAAGCUAGUCAGGACGAGCAGGGUGAAGACGAAGAGGACGAGGAAGACGAAGAAAGCGAGGAGAUUACCGGUACGGAAGCCAACAGUAGCACAGCAAGUGCUCCUUGCAUGUCAAAUGGCAAAGAUGAUAAGGAAGAGUCGAUAACGGAGGAGAAAAGCGGAGAUUCGAAAGAUACAAAGACUGAAAAAAACGAGGAAAGCGAGAAGACGGAAAAGUUCGAUAAAACAAUCAAAGAGAAGAAUAAGCAGAAAGAAGAAAUUCCUAGUUGCAGUAAGGAUCUUCAAAAUGGUGAAGCAUCUUGCAGUGGCUUGAAUAAAGAGAAAGACGAUGAAGCAACAAAAGAGGAUGUUGAGAAGGAAAAUGAUGAAGACGAAGUAAAUAAUCUACAGAUCGCAUGGGAAGUUUUAGAACUGGCAAAAUUAGUGCUUUUAAAGCGUGGAUCCGCGGGCUGGAAAAAAUUAGCUGAAGCAUAUAGUCUUCUGGGCCAGGUAGCGAUGGAGAGUAGCAAUCACGAGAGCGCGCUGACCGACUUCAAGGCGUGUCUAAAUUUGCUAGAGAAGAUGACUCCGCGCGACCAUCGCGCGAUUGCCGAGAUUCACUAUCAAAUGGGAGUGGCGCACUCGAUAGCAAACAACUUCGACGCUAGCAUCGAGCAAUUCAACCAGGCGUCCGCGUUGCUGGAAGCGAAAAUUGUGUAUCUGAAGACUUUACAAGACGAUCCGCCGCAGUCGGACGAUCCGUUUUACACGGUCGAGGGCGAGAUCAAGGAGCUUCAAGAUCUACUUCCGGAGAUUCAGGAGAAAAUCGCCGAUAUCAAGGAUCAAAAGAAAGAAGCCGACGUGAUUAAGAAGAUUAAAGAAGAAGCUAACGGAUGCUCCAGCAACGCGGAAGCGAAAGCGAAUGAGGCUUCUGGAAGUGGUAUCGCGUCAAAACCUGUCAGCGAUAUCUCACAUCUAGUGAGAAAAAAACGAAAGGCAGAGGACGAAGAAAGUAAUAGUACGGCUUCCCCUUGCAAGAAAUCGAUGCAGGAAAAGGAUGUGGCGUGAGAAGUGCGAAUGUCUGAUUUGACGAUAAUUAGAAUAAUCUAAACUUUGAUAAAACUCGAAAAUGUUGAUAUUUUUCUCGAGAAUGUAGAGGAUUAGUAUUUGUUGAUGCAUAAAAUAUUGUGUUUUCUACGAGAGCGAUGACAGCCUGUCAAUCAGUAAAUUCAUUCCUUCCCUCUCCCCUAUGUAGAUAUCGAUAGAUAACUUCUAAUAGAUAUCAAUAGGAAAUUGUCAAGAUAUUGCAUCAACUUGUUAUAAUUUAACAUCUUCGUGAAAUCUUGCCUUCUGAUACUAUAAACUGAACAAAACUUCACACAAAGAUUUGUCUGCUUCAUCAUAUCAUAUAUCAUUUUAUGACUGAAAAUAGCAGCUUAUAUUGGCUACGUUCCGUUAUUUGAUGGCAGUACUACAUCUGUAGUUAAAUGCAACGUGCAUUAGAUUUUCAAUACUAUCGAUAUAAUAACGGAAGAAGCGGUCGUAUCACACAGUUUUUGUCUUCUCUUUAAAUCUAAUAAAUAACAAAUCCGUGUCUUAUAAUAAUCCGAAUAAUAUUCAGUAUUCAUUAGUGUGAGAUAAAAAAAUCUUAAUUUCUAUAAAAAUAAACUUUUAAUUUCUGCACAUAUAUAUGUGUAAAUGUUU